AUGAAAAAGAGUUUUCCAGUGGAGUUUGCUGACUAUGCAAAGCUGAAGGCAAUCGAUGAUGAGCCCACUUUUGCUUGGUGGGUGCCACAUGUGCAGAGGAAACGCGACAGCUUCAUUCAAAAGAUAAAAUCGAAAUACUGGGAAAGGACCCACAAAUAUGGGAUUCGUAUUCCGACAUCUGUGAAAGAGGCAAUUAAAAUUGAUCAGGAAAACGGUGAUACAAUGUGGCAGGAUGCGAUAAAAAUGGAAAUGAAAAAUAAUCGAAUCGCUUUUGAGGGAUAUAAUGGAGAUGUUUCCAAGCUUGUUGGAUACAAGCAAAUUACUGGACAUAUGGUAUUUGAUGUGAAGUUGGGCAAAAAUUUCAGAAGAAAAGCAAGAUAUUGCGCUGAUGGACACAAGACAGAGGCGCCUGCAGCAUUGACCUACAGCACUGUGGUUGCAAGGGAUUCUGUUCGGAUUCUGCUGACGAUUGCAGCUUUGAACGAUUUGGAUGUGCAGUGUGCUGAUAUUCAAAAUGCCUUUUUGAUGGCACCGAAUCUUGAGAAGUGCUACAUGAUCGCUGGACCUGAAUUUGGAGAUGAAGAAGGCAAGACAUUUCUUAUCAAGCAAGCACAUAUUUGCGGGCUAAAAUCAUCAGCCUUGGCAUUUUGUUUAAAUUUUGUGAAGACAUUGGAAGAACUGGGCUUUUAUUCGUCUUAUGCUGAUCCAGAUGUCUGGAUGUGA